GGAGGGAACGGGGCAGCGGAGGUCACAGAACCCGCGGUAGCAGGAGCAACCUUUGAUUUUCGUGGGAUUUAUUUCCGCUCUUUCGGGGAGCAGGAAAGACCAAAGGGACCAAUCGGCAGGAGAGUUCACUCUGCCACGCCGAGGCGCGCAGAGGAAGACAGCCAGUUUGGCUCCCAGCGCCAACGGUCGCUUUCGCGGGCGAGCAGCCCCCACAGCAGCGCCCCAGUUCCAGCAAGGACGUGGGGGGCCACCCCUCCGGUUCAGAGAGCCCAGGCUGGGGAGCAAGCUGUAGUUCCCAGGCCGGACCCGGGAGGCACAGAGGGGACGCACUUGAACCCCCACUGUCCCUCCCGUGCCGCAGAAACUCUGCCCACCGUGGGGAGCCCUGAGAGCGGUGCGGCUCGCAGAGGAGCCGGGAGAAGGCAGGAGGGAGCCACAGCCCCAGCGCGGCAGGGCGGUGGCUCGCAGCGCGGGAAGCCGGACCACCCUCCGCCCCUGAAGGUGCGCACCGCUGGGCUCUGAGGGGCGCGGCGGCAAGAAGAGGCUCGGAGCAACAGGUGCGACCUCAAGGCGCCGCGGGAGCGAGGGGACGCCGUCCGCCAGGGACUGGAACCCGUCCGGCGCAGAAGAGUCUCCCGCCCGCCCAGCCUGCCGCCUGCCAGCAUCGCAGCCGCCCAGACCGGUACCUCUGUGCUCCGGAGCCCGCCGCCGCCCGGCACUUGCAGCACCGCCUCCUCGGUAGCCGGACCAGGCAGGAGGACGGUGCUGCACGGCUCGGCCCGGGGCGCUGCCCCCUGCUGUCUUGCGGGUAGCAGGAGUUUCUGGCCGGAGAGGCGCGUCCUCGCUGCUCUGAGCUGGGCCGCCGGGAGACACUUGGCUACCUCCAGAGCCAGCUUUCCCCCGGCUUGCACCCCUCUCCAGCGCACUCCUUUGCACAGCGCCCAAAAGGGGUGUCCCGGUAAGUGAUGGAACUGGCUACCUUGAACCUCAGCGAGGGGAAUGGGAGCGAGCCGGAGUCUCCUACCCCGGAAUCCAGGCCGCUCUUCGGCAUCGGCGUGGAGAACUUCAUCACGCUGGUGGUUUUUGGCCUGAUUUUUGCGAUGGGCGUGCUGGGCAACAGCCUGGUGAUCACCGUGCUGGCGCGCAGCAAACCGGGCAAGCCGCGCAGCACCACCAACCUGUUCAUCCUCAACCUCAGCAUCGCAGACCUGGCCUACCUGCUCUUCUGCAUCCCCUUCCAGGCCACCGUGUACGCACUGCCCACCUGGGUGCUGGGCGCCUUCAUCUGCAAGUUCAUACACUACUUCUUCACCGUGUCUAUGCUGGUAAGCAUCUUCACCCUGGCCGCGAUGUCUGUGGACCGCUACGUGGCCAUUGUGCACUCUCGGCGCUCCUCCUCCCUCAGGGUGUCCCGCAACGCGCUGCUGGGCGUGGGCUUCAUCUGGGCGCUGUCCAUCGCCAUGGCCUCGCCGGUGGCCUACCACCAGCGCCUCUUCCAUCGGGACAGCAACCAGACCUUCUGCUGGGAGCAGUGGCCCAACCAGCUGCACAAGAAGGCUUAUGUGGUGUGCACCUUCGUCUUUGGCUACCUCCUGCCUUUGCUGCUCAUCUGCUUUUGCUACGCCAAGGUCCUUAACCAUCUGCAUAAAAAGUUGAAGAACAUGUCAAAAAAGUCGGAAGCAUCUAAGAAAAAGACUGCACAGACCGUCCUGGUUGUGGUUGUGGUAUUCGGCAUAUCCUGGCUGCCCCAUCAUGUCGUCCACCUCUGGGCUGAGUUUGGAGCAUUCCCAUUGACCCCAGCUUCCUUCUUCUUCAGGAUCACUGCCCACUGCCUGGCAUACAGCAAUUCCUCAGUGAACCCGAUCAUAUAUGCCUUUCUCUCAGAAAACUUCCGGAAGGCAUACAAGCAAGUGUUCAAGUGCCACAUGGGCAAAGAACCGCUCCCCAGCGAUACUAAGGAAAACAGGAGCCGAAUAGACACCCCUCCAUCUACCAACUGUACUCACGUGUGAAAGUGUGCUUGAGCCUCCUGUCCUUUAGCUCCCGUGUGUGUUAGAGAGAAGAGGCUAUGGUGAAUUAUCAAGAAACAUGGCAGCUUGUUCUACUGACAACAAUUCAUAUUGUUCUAGCUACGUUCCAUAGCUGUUAAAGUGCUUUGAUUGUUUAGGGAACUCCGGGGUCCACUGAAGAUUAUUUUCUAAUUUGUUUCAUCUUGUAAUUAUAUUUCUGAAACAUAAGAAAAUUCUAUAUAGUUUCUAUUUCUCAAGGAGUACAAGUCGAAUAGCAUUCUAUAAACAUGUUCUGAUCUCCACGGUAUAAGGCAACUUCUGUAGUGAAGAAUAUUUGAAGCCUACAUUUUAAAGCCAGUUAAAUUUAGGGAAAAAGUUCCUUUUCUUCUUUUAAUUUAGAGAGAAGAAAUAAUGUCCUGUGUUUUGGAAUAGAACUGUGGUCCCAGAACAGUGAAUUUUAUUUUAUUGAACCUUUGUGGACAGGGUGGACGGGGAUGCUUUUCAAGGUCUGUUCCCCUGGGUAGCCAGAGGUCUGUCUGGGACCAUGAGACCACCAAGUUCAUCUCAGGAGAUUAGCAGUGACUCUACUUUGAGCCUGGCGGACUGGAAGGUGUAGGGUGAACUAAGCAAUGCCCAGCGGGUCUGCUGAGGACUGCUGCUCUGGCAGAUGCAGCAGAGGGUGAGUUCCGAGAAACUGCAUGCUAUAUCUUUAAGGAUGUUCUUGGCAAACGUGCCUCCAGAGAUCCUAUGAAACCAGUCGGCCAGUGAUUUUUAUAGGAUGGAAAACUGGACAAAACUUAGCCACAUGGGUAAUAUCCAUGCCCAAUAGAGAAAUCAGGAGAGACAUUUGAUUCCGAACAACCAAAGACAAAGAAUAUGCGAGAGGGUAUAUAUAUAGAGACAUGCUAUUUUAUAGACAUGCUUUUUUCAUUAAACUUGUACCAACAAAUGUUUAAUGUUCAUUUGCCCCAAGUAUUGUUCCAUGGGUUAAUGUUAAUUUAGAGUUAAAAUCCUCACCACUUGACUUACAAGUGUAAUUUUUAUGACAAUUUCAUAUUUAUUUAUACUUGCCAUAGGAAAAUGCUGUGAAAAUGCUAAACUGUCCUAUCUUAGAAGAGUAAUGAUUAGAUUUAAGACUUUGAUAUACUUUAGGAGGCAGUAAACACAAGCAAAACACUUUUUUAUUUCUAAAUCAAAGAGGGUGUUGUCUGUGCCAAGUGAGGACUCCUUCUGAAGCACCUAGUUUGCGUUAAAGCAACGCCGUGCGAGCCCUCGGCUUGCUAACCUCUCUAGCUCCGCCCAUUCAUUCUCGCGACCAUCUCCCAGUGAACGGUGUGAACACUUGCAAAGGCCUAAGUCGCCCUCUGGAAAAAGAGACCCUGCUUGAAUCAUGGGAAACGGCGGGUUUUCAGUGGUUGCCAGGGAAGGACGGCGCCCUGGCAGAGGCGGGUGUUUUAAAGAUAAUUGUGAGCCCUUUGCAGGGGGUUUGUCUGUCUGCACUUUAUUCAAUAUUUUAUCUUGAAAAGACACCUCAUGUAGUUUGUGGAACCCGAAGCUGCCGCUGUAGAUGUUGGCGCACCUUCGUCAUUCCACAGAGGUACUUGGUCAAACCUGUGUGUGAAGAGAGACUUCCUAUGCUGUCAGAGCUGCCUUGUUCUCUUCUGGUCAGAGGUACCUUAGAGGAGAGUGUUCAACAAUACUGUGGCUGUGGCAGGGCUUCUCAAGAAGCUGUAAUGGCGUGAGCGUUGGCAGCAUGUGUUCACACAACUAUGGCUGGGUCUUCCUCAGACAGCAGCCUCUAUAGGUAAGGCCUACAGCAAUACAGUGACGACUCACACCUGCAAAGCCCAAAUUUGCUAAACACCUGUUCAAAUUGCUCCUGCUACAGGAAGAUGCCUCUUGAGAACUGCCUGUCAUUCUAAUGAUUUUCUCGUAGCCUUGUACCUGAGCGAAUCUCUAAAACAACUUAGAAUCCUGAUUGUAGCCUACUUUCUGCAAAGACGGGAGACUCAGUGUUUCGGAUGGAGUUCCUAAGGGCAGAUCAGCCAGGAAGAGCCUGUACAGGUGGCAAACUUCUUCCUGUUGUGGCUCUUCCUGUUAAGUGAGCACCGAGGUCAGCCUGGAGGCACUGGAUGACGGUGGCCCCUCUGACACAGGGGCAUUCCCUGCAGCCAGGCAGAGGAGGAAAUGUGUGGGCCUUCGAAGCUGGGUGGCUGUGGAGCUGUGAUUUUUAGGGUGUUUCAAAGAAAACUGAAGUUUUCUCUACAAGCUUUCCUGCUUCAGUGCUCCGAGGCAGCUGUUGCUUUCGUGGGAUCUUCGCUUUAGUGCAGAGAUGGACUUGCAUCUAUUUGACUAGCUGGAAAGUUUGCUGUUACCUGUCCGUGCAUACACACCUGCACAUGCGCACACCCACUCCAGCUUCCUGCUGAGGAGUGCAGUCAGCAACAUUCCCUAGAGGUAUUGUGAUACACUUGUUUUAUGCCCUUCCGACCGACCAUGUAUGUCUUCAGCAGUGUAGGCGACUGAGGCCUCUCUCUGAAUAUUUUAGGCAAAUUAUUGUUGCUUUUAACUAAAUUGUUCAAUUUACACAUUGAGAGUAGAACAAUUUCCUGUCUCCCUUUGUCCAUCUUUUGUGCUUUUGUCCUCUUGUCUCAACUUCCUACCUCUCCAGAAGUCCUUACCUGAUGUAUUUUUUCAUAGUUAACCUCAUUUCCUCCAGAUAUAACAGGUCAGAGCAGAGAGUGAGCUGGCUGGGUUCAUGAGUAAUGCAGAGCUUGGAGCUGCUUAUGACUCAGCUUCAAAUUGGGACGGGGUGGAUCCCUGCUUUUAGCUACCUCCCAGGUGCACAGAGGUCCAGCCGUGAUAACUUCACUCUGCUGACUGAAACCGCAGGUUGGGAUGCCUCUGACGGGAGAGGACCAUUCACUGAUGUGCCUGCCUCCUCCCAUUCUGGGCUACGUAGAGCCCUUGAGCCUUGCUGUGCUUGUGAUAAAACCACAUUAAGAAUAGUAAGAAUAAUAGGUGAGUGGCCGCAUCAUGCACUUAGCUUUGGAGAUUUGCUACAUACAUAUGUAUGUAUCACAAAUGGUGGGAACUGGAGAAAUGCACGAUGGAAUCACUUCCUGAGGAAGCUCAGCUAUCCAGCACGUGCUGGUUCUCAUCUCCGCUGGCUGGAAAUGUUUCUCAUGCUUUCGAUUUGUAAGCGGCUGACUAGGGGAGUGAGUCAGACCCUCAGUCAUUAAAGAGUUGUAUGCCAGGCUUCUUCUUGAUGCUACGUUAAUAACCUGCCUAGCUAACACCUUGUUUAUUAUGUUGGCCAUACGAAGCAGGUGCACAGUGAGUCUCAUAAUGACUGACUUGCAAUGGUAACUCUAUCUGCUUUAAAUGGACACCAUAUUUGAAUACUUUCCCUGUCAGAAGUGAGAAAAUUGAGCUGCUUAAAAGGCUUCGCAUGUUGUGGAUGUAAGCUGCGUUUGUGUAAGGCAAGUGUGUUUCAGGUCACACAUUAGAUGUUCUGUUGCUUUCUUGUGCGCAUGCCAUGUCUCUGAUUCUACCUGGUGGCUUCUCAGUGUGACAGGCUCAGAUGGCACCCUGCAGGUCUGAGGUAAUCCUGUCUAUGCACUGAUGGUAUGCUGAAACAUUCGCUGGCUUGGACAUUUACUCCUUGAUGGUCUUGAUGGUUGGUUGUGUCCUGUCAAUCCUGUUGUUGGCUCCAUGAGCAUCUGGGGUGCUGGGGUGCUGUUCUGGGUACAGUGACAGCUGUAUGGCCACAUGAGUGGACGAGGAGAGGGGAAGGAAAGUGAGCCUUCUACCUCUACUUGCCCUGUGGAAAUGAUCCCAUCUAGAUUUUCUGAAUCUACGCAGCACUGGCUGGGGGUUGGCAGCUUGAACAGCUGCAGGAAAGCUUAUCCUGCUGUUGAGGCUUCUGUCGUCAGCUUGGGUGGAAAGCGUGGUCUUCCUGCUGAGGAGCAGACUUUAGGGCAGUGCAGGCUGCACUGUAUAGCUUCAGAUCCUCAGAAAUUAGAGAAUUCAGCCAUUGAAGAGACUUAGAGUGAACUGGGGCUCUACCGCAAUGUUUUCUAGCAUCUUGGAGUAUGGGAGCCAGUGCAAUAGCCCCUACUUGGCUGAGCUUUAAGCUCCGUGGGCUUCUUUGGGAUAAUGUCUACCACAGUUCUGCAUUUCAAAAGAUUAGACACUGAUGAUUAAAUCUGGCUGAUUUGUGUGUCAUCAGAUGCCCGUGGAGCUUCGAAGCUCUUUUUCUCCCUCAGUCAGCUUGUUUGGGGCAUGGAAACACCCCUGUUAAGCCACACGGAGACAGAGAAGUCAGGUUGUGGGUGACCCUUCCAUAUAGCAUCAGGGUGGGGCCAGUCUUUCAGGGUAUAGGUGACCAUGCAGGCACCUGCUAUUGUGUCCUCAGGAGGAAGAGACUUGCUAUUGACUGGAAUAAGUGCCAGUCCAGGACGUCUGAGGGGAUCCCAGGGAUCCUGAUCCUGGGGUUCCUUAGGAUCCGUGGACCACAGCACACAAAGCCUUGCUGAACUGCUCAGGAAACCACAGGUGGACACCCAGGCUUGCUUCUGGGGCUUCUGCCCUUCAGGCGACUGGGAACCAUGAGAAAACAGUGUGGAAUGAGAUUGUUGGCCAAGCUAGUAGGUGACUUUUCGUUCACUCAGUCACAAAAAUCUGUGAAGCAUUUCUCUGAGAAGAGAACUGUGAACCCAAGCCACGUGCUGUUCCUUGUCUAUGUGAAUUUCUAUCAUCCUUCUUCACUCACUCCUUCUCAGCUGUUCUCUCCCACUUUUACCUAGCUUUAGCCACAUUUCCACACGUUUCUGUCAGUGUGGAGGGAUAUUCAGAGCUUGGCCAUGUCUUCCAUAUCCUCAUUGCUUACUUUGGAUUUAGGAUGCUUCUUGGCCCUCUCAACAAUAAUUACUUUUUAAACAGCUAAGUGUGAGACACUUAGACUUCAGGAGCAAAGUGUUUCAAUAACAGAUCAUGGGUGGUUAAUCAAAUCUUUCCUAUAGUCAGACUGCACAAGAGGAGGCCAGACAUGGCUGCCAUCUUAGGUGUGGCUGUUGAAAGACAGACUCCGACUACAAACAGCUGAGGUUCAAGAAUGUAGAACUAGGAAGUACUCCAUCUGAUUAGAAGUUAAGAAAUCAUGGUGAACAAAUCUUGAUUGGACAACAUGGUGACAGCCACCCAGCGUUGACUAUGAGAAUGUUUUUACCAUUGAAAGCGGGGUGUGUGUGGGGGUGUUAUUGUUUUGUUUUCUUCCAGAGAAUGCUGCUUAUAUGGAGGCAGCAAAGAAAACAGUUUGCAUUAGCAGGCUCAGGGGCAGGCAGCCACACCCAAGCUUCUGGUGUUUGUGCACUGGGUCUCUUAGCUUCCAGUUAGCAAGCAAGUGUUCUUCACAUGCAUGAGGGCAGUAAACAGAGUAUAGGUUUGAGGUGUUUUUUUAGACGGAGCUAAAGAUUAAAGGCAGCAACUCCAGACAGAAAGCCUAAUUAUAUCACAGACAUAUCCAGAAGCUAUAAAUGGCUAUGUGAGGGCUGUUUUCCAUGGUUUAGAGUUCUAGUGUUCCAUCUUAUGUUCUUAUAUCACGGGAAACUGGGAAGCUGACAGAGGGGGCAGGCAUUCUGCUCUGUGUCUGCUGCUGAAUGGCUCUGUGUGUUUCUCAAGUUCGGUCUGCCUGAGCCGUGGGCGCCAUGUGUACUGCAGCGAGGAGCAUGGCUGGGAGGACUCCUUUUGGGUCUAUGCUCCUGGCAAGUUAUUCUUGGGAGUUUGGUAUCCUUGUCAUCUGUAGAGGAAGGUUCUGGAAAAGAUGUCUUCAACUUGGAAAUCUAGAUAGCCCUGUUCUCCCUUUCUGGGGUGACAGGGGUGUGGGCAGAGGGUGUGAGUUUGCUUGGGGGGGCUGAGUUUGUGCGUAGAUGGGAGCAAGCAUUUUCUGUGAUGUCCACGCUGGUUAUCUGAAGGUAAAGGCAAAACCUGGGCACCUGAGGGGUGUGAUAGAAGGCUUCCGUGUGUCCAGAGGUUAGAACCACUCACAGUGACUGAUGGGCCUCCAAGGGCCCAAUGUCACAGCUCUAGAGGAAAACAGAGUUACCAUGGGAAUUUAAAUCACUGAGAUUUCUACCAUUUGCAUUGGGCAGAUUCUUCAUGCCCAUCCAGCUACCGGCACAGAAAUAGUCCCAGAAACAUAGGGUUUCCAGAGACACCACAGAGUAUGACAGGCCGUCUUCAAAACAAGGCUUUCAUGGCAAGGGCACUUCUGCCCCCCACCCCCAUCCCAACACAAAACUUUAAAAUGAUCUUCACAAUUGUUACAUAUGGAUUCUUGAAAUCAGGGUUUUACUCACUGUUAAUUAAAUAUGUGCAUGUCUUUGCCUGUAUUACUAUCUCUAAGAGAUAAUUAUAAUAUUGCCUGUAGCUCUCUCUAGUUAAAGCUUUUGGUCAAGUAAGCAGUAAAAGUAAAGAAAAAAAUCUAUGUAUACUAUAAUUUGACUCUUGCUAAUGAUGCUGCUUAGAUGCUGCUGUUGAACACUGGCUUGAGUAGCCUGGUGCCUGAUGAUCUCUGCUAUCAUCCUUGUUCCUUAAGGAGCUGUCAAUAAAAUGUAUCUCCUAAUGACAGCUCAAGCAUGAAUGCCAAUAAACUUACAAAACAAAAACACCCCAAAUUCAAAGCCCAUGUUCGUGUACUUAAGCCAAACCAACUUUAUCCGACAUCUCCCACCCUUGUGUGCUGCAUGGAAUCUGCACUUGGCGAUUUGAACCAAUUUUCUUUAAGUGAAAAUAAAAUUUGUUCUUUGAAGUG